AUGAGAACGUCAACUGAACGAGAAGAGAACGUUGUUGCUGUUGUUGCUGUAGUUGUCGAUGUUGUUGUUGUCGAUAUUGUCGUUGUUGUCGAUGUUGUUGUUGCUGUCGAUGUUGCUGUUGUUGUUGAUGUUGUUGUUCUUGUCGAUGUUGUUGUUGUUGUUGUUGUUAUUGUUGUUGUUAUUGUCGUUGUUGUUGUUGUCGAUGUUAUUGAUGAUGGUGAUUAA